AUAAAUCGCAUUGGGUGACAAAAGAAUUUUGAACGACCGUUCUGGCGAGGAGGUGACGAGAGGACAACUCCAGAAAGCGCACAAUCCUGGGGGACAGGACGUGAAAAAAGUCAUAGGGCUUCAAGUGUGUAAGUUGGUCUCCCAUUUUACAUACGCCACAUUCCCCAAAGUUUGGUGCUUUGCAUAACAUCCCCAUGGUCGUGAUGCGAGUGUGAAAACUAAGUUACUUUGGAACAAUGGAAGCUCCUUCUGAGCCCCAAAAUUUCGUCGUGAGUGUGUCUGCGCUUCCAUUAGGGUGGCAGUGGUGAUUGAUGAAAAAAGAUGCGUGAUGAGUGUGUAGAGGGUGGUGGUGAAUCGUGCGAAGGCGGCAGUCGAAGUAGAACGCGAAGUCGAACGCAGAGUGGAAGCAGCAAUUUUGUUGCCAUAAACGUUGAGAAUGUAGGGACACUGGACAGGGAAUCACGAAUGGUGCGGAACAAGGGUCAGGGAAACCAAUGUGGCAAGGUGCCCAGUCAGCGAAAGUGCGACCACAGUGACAAUUCCAGUGAGACAGACUCCCCAGGGGCGGCUGAGCCAGCAGCUUCAGUUCACAAACAAAAUCUCUACGUUGUCUCAUUCCCCAUAAUACUCCUGUUCAACAUUCUCCGAUCACUUUUGUAUCAAUUAUUUGUGAUAUUUCGAUACUUGUACAGUGCUACAUCCCGCGUGGCACACAGAAAUUGGCUGAGACGCCGCCGAGAGUGUGGAAUUGAGGUGAACACAUCCGCCACAAAUUCCGCGACUGUUCACCUCGAAGACGCUCAGGGUGACAAGGAGGGUGCCAUCGAGAUGUCUUCAGGAAGUAGACAAAGUGGCCCGGGGCCAGGAGAUCCACUUCUCGCAAAGCAGAAACAUCACCACAGGCGUGCUUUUGAGUACAUAUCGAAAGCUCUCAAGAUUGACGAGGAGAAUGAAGGUCAAAAGGAGAUUGCCAUCGAGCUCUACCGCAAAGGGAUACAGGAGCUUGAGCGAGGGAUUGCUGUUGAUUGCUGGAGUGGCCGCGGGGAUGUUUGGGAGAGGGCUCAGAGACUCCAUGACAAGAUGCAGACCAAUUUGUCCAUGGCACGAGACCGAUUGCAUUUUCUCGAAUUAAUGAUGGAAGAACUGAAAUUAGAAAAUUUAGAAACUACCUCAAGAAAUCACACAAAAGUCUCUAGUUGUAUAAACAAGCGUAAUAUUUUGCGAGACAAUAGCGUUAGUAAGAAUCUCCUGACGACGACCACGGGGACAAAUAGUGCUAAGGCAUUGUCUCAACCAUCGAAGAAUGUUGUGAUAAAUAAGAGCACUAAAGCAACUGAAGCUUCCGGGAGGAAAUUGACCGUGGGUACGAAGCGACCGGCAAAUCUGGGUGUUAUGGCAAAAUCACAGACUCUACCCAGGAGUAUGGGUGGUACAAAACCCGGUGGGAGUGGAACACAACCUCCGCAGCGUCCUGUACUCAAAUCCAUCGCAACUCCGCCUGCCGUGCGACGCCAACUUUCGAUCUCUGGCAAUUCGCCCAUUCGUAGAGCAGGAGCUAGUACUGGGCGCAAUACACCACCAUUGCGCUCUAGGACUCCUCUUGGGGGUCCUCCAGCUUCAUCUCCCACAACAAUUUCUGUAAAGGGCGUAGAACAGAAGUUGGUGCAAAUUAUAAUGGAUGAGAUCGUUGAGGGUGGCUCCAAAGUGGAGUGGAAUGAUAUUGUGGGGCAGGAUGUGGCGAAGCAAGCUCUUCAAGAAAUGGUGAUUCUUCCCUCUGUGCGCCCAGAGUUGUUUACGGGGCUAAGAAGUCCAGCACGAGGGCUGUUGCUUUUCGGUCCACCGGGAAAUGGGAAGACCCUGCUGGCUCGUGCCGUAGCCACAGAGUGUUCAGCAACAUUCUUUAAUAUUUCUGCAGCAUCACUUACGAGCAAGUAUGUGGGUGAUGGAGAGAAGCUUGUGAGGGCAUUGUUUGCAGUUGCACGAGAGAUGCAGCCCUCGAUAAUCUUUAUUGACGAAGUUGACAGCCUACUGUCGGAGAGAAGUUCGAGCGAACAUGAGGCAUCUCGACGUCUCAAGACGGAAUUCCUCGUGGAGUUUGAUGGAAUUCCGGGGAAUCCCGAAGGGGAUCGCAUUGUCGUACUAGCUGCUACCAAUAGACCCCAGGAGCUGGAUGAAGCAGCCCUUAGGCGUUUCCCAAAGCGCGUCUAUGUAUCUCUACCAGAACUGGAGACGCGUGAACUUCUACUGAAGCGUUUGCUGGAGAAACAGGGCAGCCCACUGUCCGUUGAAGCACUAAAACGACUCGCCAAUCAAACUGACGGCUACUCCGGAUCAGAUCUCACGGCUCUUGCCAAGGAUGCAGCACUGGAGCCAAUUCGUGAGCUUAAUGUUGAACAAGUAAAGAAUAUGGAUCCCACUAAAGUGAGAUCAAUCACUGAGCAAGACUUUAUGAAUUCCCUUAAGCGCAUUCGCCGUUCUGUUGCACCACAGAGCUUGACUGCUUAUGAGAAAUGGUCACAGGACUUUGGGGAUGUUACAAUGUAGAAGCAGAAAGCGCAAAUUUUGCCAUACUUUUUUUUCCUCUUUUGAAAACAAAAAAAGCCAUCAUUUACAAUUGCGGGACUUUCUCGCGAAAAAUAUAUCAUUUUAUUUCUUAAAUUUUAGUUAAUUUCUAAGCGAAUACUUGUACGAAAAUAACGACACCAGUAAAAAUUAAUUAUAACAAAAAGGAAAUGUAAAAUUAAAGAAGCAACAGAUCAGUCGGGAACAUGAUAUUUUAGUAUGUAAUAUUUUUGUAUGCCAUGUUUGAGGGUUGAUCACGUUGAUUUCUUAACAACAGCACAUACUAUCUGAUAAAUAUUAUAAUUACAUUGUAUUUUAAGGUAAAAUCGAGUUUAAAGGUUUCUAUUGCUUACAAAAAAAAUGAGGAUACAUCCGGAAAUUGUAAUAAAAGCUUCUGCUACUUAUCAUUCUCU